AUGCUUUGCGCACGCUUGGAUUGCGCAACGCUCAAGCAAUGGGAACAGCAUCACAAAUCUACCGAAGUUCCAAGGUAUGAGGAUGUGAUUGAGUUUAUGCGCGGACAUUGUUCUAUCCUGCAGUCUUUAUCGUCGUCGAAGCCCCGCACUGCAGACCUGCUCAAACUCGAACCAGUUCGGUCGCAGAAACCGAAGUUUAGCCAUGCAGUAACUACUAACUCAUCAUCGAAAUGCUGUCCAUUCUGUACACAGUCCUCGCACUCGCCUUUCCACUGCGAGACUUUUCGCAAGCUUCCCGUUUCCCAACGGUUCGAAAUAGUGAAGAAAAAUUCGCUGUGCAUAAAUUGCUUCUCGCCAUCCCACCUCGUAAAGCAAUGCUCGUCCAGUUGCUGUCGAGUAUGUGGACAAAAACAUCAUACCAUGUUGCACCAAAAUACCACACUUCGUUCGUCGGAUGCCAUUCCGAAUCCCAAACCACCAACAACACAUAACCAAUCUCAGUCCACUCGAUGUACUACAGCUGCUCCACCUCAGUCCGCCUCAUCCCAGUCUUUGCAACCACCAAAUGUUGUAAUUCCGCCUACUUGUACCCCAUCUACCAGCCAUGUGUCGACUACCCUUCUCGGCAGUGUUCGAACCGUUCCUCUGACUGUGUUGCUGCAAACUGCGAUGGUGAAGAUCUCUGAUAUCAACGGGUAUGCCGUGUGGGCUCGAGCUUUGUUGGAUCCUGCCUCGCAGCUGAACUUGAUGACGGAGCAGCUGUCACAGAAACUGAAGCUGCGACGUAUCAAAACUCAUCAGGAGAUUGGAGGUGUAGGGAAUGCCACUGUCGUUUCAUCCUACGCCGUCGACGCUCGAAUCGAAUCACAUUGUUCGAACUUCAUCGCUGAUUUCUCAUUCCACGUACUACCGGGGAUCACUCGCGAUCUUCCUGCAAGGGCAUUGAGCACCCAAGAGUGGAGCAUACCAGUUAAUCUCGUUCUCGCUGAUCCUACCUUCCAUCAACCUGGUCCCAUCGACAUGAUACUUGGGAUGGAGGUCUACUAUGAACUCGUCGAAGAAGGUUUGGUACGUCUUGGUCCAGAUCUACCAGUGCUGCAGAGAACCGUACUCGGAUGGGUCGUUUCCGGCAAGGUUGGCUCAUCUCCGUCACCCACAAUCAGCUUUGUCCACGUCUGCAGUAUCAGUUCGCUCGAAGAUCAAUUGGUACGCUUUUGGGAACUAGAGUCGUGCCAAUCUAGCAGUACCCUAUCCAUCGAAGAAACGCUUUGCGAAGCGCAUUUUGCAGCUACAACUACACGGGAUGAUACAGGACGUUUCGUAGUUCAACUUCCGAAAAGGUCGACAGUCCUCUCAACACUCGGAAACUCAAAAGAGAUUGCCACUCGUCGUUUUCUCGCUCUGGAGCGACGCCUGAACGCUAAUCUAUUGCUUAAGAAAGCGUAUUCAGACUUCAUUGAGGAGUAUCAUCGGCUAGGACAUAUGGAGGAAGUCACCGAUUCGGAAGAACUAAAGCCCAAUACUCUUUCGUAUUAUCUGCCCCACCAUUGUGUCGUUAGACCUGAUAGCCUGACUACCAAACUUCGGGUAGUAUUUGAUGCUUCGUGCGCAACGGAUACCGGAGUAUCCCUCAACGACGGAUUGAUGGUCGGUCCCGUCGUUCAAGACGAUCUGGUGUCAAUCACUUUACGGUUUCGGAUCCCUCGGUACGUGAUUGUGUCGGAUAUUGAGAAAAUGUACCGGCAAAUCCUACUUUUCCUGCUUGAUCGGCGUUAUCUCAAGAUUCUUUGGCGAAAUUCUCCAUCGGAACCUUUGCGAACUUUCCAACUUACGACCGUGACUUACGGUACUUCGUGCGCUCCCUACCUGGCAACCAGGUGCCUCCAGGAAAUCGCUAGAAUUGGAGAAGCCACACAUCCAGAAGCAUCUAAAGUCGUAUCCAAGGACUUCUACAUGGAUGACCUAUUAACUGGCGUUGAUGACGUCAGCGAAGGGCAGCAGCUUUGUUCCCAGUUGUUGAACCUGCUUCAGUCUGCUGGAUUUUGUCUUCGGAAAUGGUCUUCGAAUUGUCCGGAGGUCCUCAAACAUCUUCCUGCAGAUCUACGAGACGAACGAACAGUUUUCGACCUAAAUUCUUCCUCCGCUCCGAUCAAAACGCUAGGACUGAAAUGGCAGACUACGACAGACGAUUUCCUCUUCGACGUACCGAUAUGGAACGAUACAGCUACAAUUACCAAAAGAGUCGCGCUAUCGGAUGCUGCCAAACUUUUUGAUCCUCUGGGACUGGUCGGUCCGGUAAUCGUACAGGCCAAAAUCUACCUCCAAGACUUGUGGCGGUGUCAGAAGAAAUGGGAUGAACCUCUCGAUGAUGAACUUCAGCAACGAUGGCUUGAAUUCCGGGAAAACCUCGAAGCUCUCCGGAAUCUUUCUGUUCCUCGAUGGGUUAUACCAGCUAUCAAACCAGUGUUGAUUGAAAUGCAUGGAUUCUGCGAUGCAUCAGAAAAGGCCUAUGGCGCAUGCAUUUACCUUCGUGCUGUAGCUGAUGACGGAUCAGUUAAAGUAAACCUCCUCGUCGCAAAAUCAAAGGUAGCCCCCCUUGGAGACUCUCGAAAGCAGAAACGGGUCUGCUUACCUAGGCUGGAACUUUCGGCAGCACUGCUCCUGGCACACUUGUUCCAGAAGGUGCAAAACGCCAUCACUCUCGAUACUAAGUCGUUUUUCUGGUCAGACUCCACCAUUGUCCUCCAUUGGCUAGCCUCUACUCCGUCCCGGUGGAAGACGUUUAUUGCAAACCGGGUCUCGGAGAUACAACAUGCAACGGCUGGUGGAUUAUGGGCUCACGUCUCGGGCACGGAGAACCCUGCAGAUAUAAUCUCUCGGGGAAUGGAUCCCGAGCAACUCUCAUCGACCAAGGCUUGGUGGCACGGGCCCGACUGGUUAGCGCAUCCCUCUCGCUUUUGGCCUGCUUUCGUGCAUACAUCGGAUGAAGAUUUCAUCAUGGAAGACCUCGAAGAACGACCAGUUGCCCUAGCAAUCCAGACUGUUCCACCAAAUCCAAUAUUCGCUCUACGGUCAUCGUAUACAGUGCUGCUGCGUUUAGUUGCGUGGGUUCGAAGAUUUUCCUUCAAUUCGAAUCCUGCUAACCGAACACAACGUCGUAGAGGUUUUCUGACCGCAAUAGAACUCGAAGAAGCCAACAGAUGUCUCGUUCGAAUAACUCAACAUGAAACCUUUCGAGAAGACUUCGUUUCGUUGACCAACACUGGAGAGGUCAAACCGUCCUCCAAGUUGAAGGCACUAACACCGUUCGUUGAACAAGGCAUCCUGCGAGUUGGUGGCCGGCUACGUCACGCUACAAUUUCUUCAGAUCGGAAACACCCAAUGAUUUUGCCCUCCAAGCACCCGUUCUCCGAACUGGUCGCUCGAUACUACCAUCAGAAAAUGCUACAUGCAGGACCGCAAUUGCUAAUAGCAAGCAUUAGGGAGAAAUUUUGGCCUUUGCGCGUUCGGAACCUUGCGCGAAGAAUCGUACAUUCCUGUGUCAACUGCUUCCGCUGUCGUCCAAGAAUCCAACAGCAAAUCAUGGGCGAUCUUCCGGCAGAACGUGUCUCUCCAACGUUACCGUUCUUGUGCACAGGCGUUGAUCUGUGUGGUCCGAUCAACUUUCGCUAUCCUCAACGUAAGUCGCAGCCGAUCAAGGGUUACGUUGCAGUAUUCGUCUGCCUCUCGAUAAAGGCAGUUCAUAUAGAGCUCGUGGGAGAUCUCUCAACGGGAUCGUUCCUUGCUGCCCUCAGGCGCUUCAUCGCACGUCGAGGCAAACCAAAACUCAUAGAGUGCGACAACGCACAGAACUUUCGUGGUGCUUCUCGGGAAGUAGCAGAACUUGCCAAGCAGCUUAAAGACCAGCAGUUGCAGAACGCCGUCACUCGGUCGUGUGGCGAAGACGGCAUAGAAUUUAAAUUCAUUCCUCCUCGUUCCCCAAACUUUGGUGGCUUGUGGGAAGCAGCCAUCAAAUCUUUCAAGACCCAUCUUAAAUCCACUCUUGGAAACUCGAUCCUAACGGUCGAACAGCUUACGACACUUCUAGCACAAAUCGAGAGUUGCAUGAAUUCUCGGCCUCUAACACAGUUAUCGACUGACCCUGAAGACCUCGAUGUCCUGACCCCAGGGCACUUCCUAAUCCAUCGCCCGCUCACAGCCAUUGCGGAACCUUCGCUAGGAGACCUACCUCCCAACCGAUUAGAUCGUUGGCAGGAAGUUCAAGAAUUCCUUCGUCGUCUCUGGAAGCGCUGGGCCACGGAAUACCUGUCCGGGCUGCAGCCAAGAACGAAAUGGACCCGCGAAAAGGACAACAUCGCUAUCGGAACUUUAGUUCUGGUGAAAGACGAUGGACUACCACCCCUUAAAUGGCGCUAUGGCAGAGUGGUUCACAUCUUCAGGGGAGACGACGGAAACAUCCGUGUCGUCAUAGUGAAGACCAAGGACGGAGAGGGCGCCAAAAAACUCUCUGUUGCCAACAACAUUCGGUACCGACGUCCGCCACGGUACAAUCUGGAGCGACUGAAGCUGCCCGAAGUCGCAACUGAUUACGCGCAAUGCCUCGACGCAGCGUUGCCGGAUGAAGUAGAGUUCACCGAAGCCCCUCUUGAGGUCUGCUGGAAUAGCGUGAAAACAGCCAUUGGGUUUGUGGAGCGGAAUCGACGGAACGAUCGGUUCGACGAGGAGUGUCACAGACGGUUUUGGACGAGAAAUCAUCUUUUCCGGGAUAAGAAGCGCCGUCUGGAAGAGCUGGAGUGCGAAGAAAUGCAGCAGCUGUAUCGUUCUCACGAAACGCGCAAGUUCUACGAGAUACUCAACGCAUCCCGCAAAGGCUUUGUGCCGCGAACCGAAAUGUAUCGGGAUAAAAAAGGAGGUAUCUUGACAGACGAACGUGAGGUGAUUGAAAGGUGGAAGCUGCCCUACGAUGAACAUCUGAAUGGCGCAGAGGCAGAGGACCAAGGCAGCAGGAGGAAUGGCUUCGUCGGUACAGCGGAUGAGGGGGGCAUGCCAGCUCUCACGAUAGGUGAAGUUAAGGAUGCUAUCCGACAGCUUAAGAACAACAAAUCAGCUGGUAAAGAUGGUAUCGGAGCGGAACUUAUUAAAAUGGGCCCGGAUAAGUUGGCCACUUGUCCGCACCGACUGACAGUCAGGAUCUGGGAUACAGAACAGCUACCGGAGGAGUGGAAGGAGGGAGUAAUAUGCCCAAUGUAUAAAAAAGGCGACAAGCAAGAAUGUGAGAACUAUUGA